AUUUACAAAUGAUGAUGAUCGGAACUAGAAACUAGGUAGUUUCUGAUGGCGGCGGCGGCGAUGCACACAUCGGCGGAAUUCAUCAAUCUGAAACCCAACAUGUGGAAGAAGAAUCCUGUUCGGGCCUCGGGUUCUUGCUGUCUGGGCAGCAGCAGUGGUGAUGAAAUCUCUCGGAAAAGGAAGCUUCCGAUUCUCCUCUUCGACGUCAUGGACACCAUCGUCCGUGACCCCUUUUACCAGGACGUUCCGGCCUUCUUCGGAAUGCCAAUGAAGCAACUACUAGAGUGCAAGCACCCGAUGGUCUGGAUCGAAUUUGAAAAGGGUUUGAUUGAUGAGGAGGAGCUUGCUAGAAACUUCUUUAUAGAUGGGAGGGAUUUUGAUUUGGAAGGUGAGAUUGCCAUAUAGAUAGAUAGGUAAAUACACAGAGAGAGGGUUUCCUCGUACCUAUUUCAAUCCUCUUUAUUGCAGGGCUUAAGGAGUGCAUGAGGUCAGGUUACUCCUACUUAGAUGGCAUGCAAGAGCUCCUUCAAACUUUGGCAGCUGACGACUUCGAGAUUCAUGCUUUCACUAACUAUCCCAUCUGGUUUCCAUCCCUUGCCUUUCACUCUUUGAAACGGAGCUUCAUGUCUCUUUGUUUACUCUUGUCGUGUUUCCAUAGGUACAACAUUAUCGAAGACAAGUUAAAGCUUUCUGCCUACUUAUCAUGGACGUUUUGCUCCUGUAUUGCUGGGAAGAGAAAGCCUGAUCCAGAGUUCUACCUCGAGGUUGUGGGACACCUCGGAGUUGAACCUUGCGACUGUAUAUUCAUUGAUGACAGGCCAACCAACGUCAAGUGUGCUAUAGAGAUAGGGAUGGGUGGGUUAUGCUUUGAGAAUGCAGAUUCGCUCGCUAAGGAUCUCUCAGAUCUAGGGAUCAACGUCUCUGUACCCAAAUUAUGAUUGUAAUUUCAUCACAACGCAUCAUCUUAAAUGUAUUGCAUCAGAGAAAUACUCAAAAGAGAAAUACAUUGUUUUUGGGAUUGCAAGUAGAGUCUUUGUUGGAUUA